AUGAAAUCACUUGGAGACAAUCCUUAUAUUAAGGCUCCUUAUCCUCAGAGGUUACAACAGCAUGAGCAGAAGAAAAAUUUCUCUAAAUUCUUAGAGAUUUUCAAGAAGUUGCACAUCAAUAUCCCCUUUGUAGAAGCUUUAGAGCAAAUGGCAUCAUAUGCUAAGUUUCUAAAAGAGAUCCUAACCAAGAAGCGAAAGCUCACAGUAGAAGGAUCCACUAUAUUGACAGAGGAGAGUAGUGCAAUCACGCAGAAGAAUUUACCUUCGAAAUUAAAGGAUCCAGGGAUUUUUAGUAUCCCUUGCACGAUUGGCUCGAUGACAAAAGAGAGAGUUUUAUGUGAUCUAGGUGCCAGCAUCAACGUAAUGCCAUUAUCUAUGAUGAAGAAGCUGGGAAUCACAGAGGUAAAGCUGAUCAAGAUGAUUCUGCAACUAGCUGAUCGCUCCACCAAGCAAGCAUAUGGAGUAAUAGAGGACAUACUUGUUAAGAUGGACAAGUUCAUCUUCCCGAUGGACUUUGUUAUCUUGGAUAUAGAGGAGGACACUACUGUUCCCAUGAUCUUUGGGAGACCUUUCUUAGCGACAUCCGGAGCGCUAAUUGAUGUGCCAAAAGGUGAAUUGAUUUUAAGGGUGGAAGGAGAAAGGGCUAUUCUCAAAAUGUUUGAAAAAGAAACUCCACCACCUACAACUCAGCCAGAGAGAAUUUUCCUUAUUGAGAAAAAGAAGGCUAAAGAGGAAUAA